AUAUCAGUGGGGACCAAUGAGAUGGCCGCUUCUGAGGUUGGUUGGGAUUUUGAAUUUCGUCGUUGGGCCAAAUCCGAACGGCUGAGUCUGGCUGCAGCGCCGGCGCUGAGGUGGGCUGUUUAUAAGUUGUCGGCAGGUAGCGGGCCGAGCCGGAGAACCGAGUGAGGGCGGCCGAUAAUGGCGCAGUGGAGUGCGGUGUCCUCCAGCGCCGGGAGCCUGCUGGUCGACUGCUCCGCCAGUGAUUCGCGCUUUGACGACGUUUCCAAGGGGUGUUUGUUUGCUGAAGAUAUACCUCAGAUUCGAACAAAAGUUGUGCUAAUAGGAAAGGCUGGGGAUAGUGAAGAGAUUCUGAAAGCUUUGAAGGAAAUGGAACUGCCAUAUAUUAAAUCAGAAACGGUGGAUGGUUUUGAAAACAAAAAUCCUGAAUUUGAGACUCUUGUUGUAUUGAAAGAAUUUGAUGGCCAGCCUUAUGACACUUUGCGUAAGAUGGGCACAAGAAUCUUGGGACCACCUGUUAUACUUUGCUGUGCAAGGAAAGGACAGCCUUUGCCUUUCACAUCACGGCCAUUGUACUGUACGUGUAUGUUGGAUCUCGUUUUGUGUUUCACUGGAUUCAAGAAAGAGAAACUGCUUAUUCUUGUUGAACUGGCACAUCAUAUGGGAGCAACCAUUCGAAAGGAAUACAGUGGUAAAAUAACACAUCUUGUGGCACAUUCUACCCAAAGCGACAAAUUCAGGGCUGCUGUAGGCAUGGGGACUCCAAUUAUGAAAGCAGAAUGGAUUUUAAAGGCUUGGGAAAGGAGAGAUGAAAUUGAUUUCCAUGUUACUGAAGAAGGUUUUCGAAAUGAAUUUAAAGUCCCUCCAUUUCAAGACUGUGUCCUAACUUUUCUGGGAUUUUCAAAUGAAGAACUCAGAAGUAUGGAAGAAAUGACUGAAAUGCAAGGAGGAAGGUACUUGGAUCUUGUUGAUGAAACUUGUACUCAUCUUGUGGUAGAGAAUUCAGUAAAACAGCUGCCAUUUGAACCAUCAAAAAAUAUUUUUGUCGUUAAGCAGGAGUGGUUCUGGGGAAGCAUACAGAUGGAUGCCAGAGCUGGAGAGUCCAUGUACUUGUUUGAAGAGUCAGGAAGUCCUGCAUUGAAGACGUCAGUGUCUUUACUUUCAUUGAGCACACCAAAUAGCACCCGCAAGAGACGACGCUUGCGAGAUACACUUGCACAGUUUACAAGAGAGAAUGAUAACUUGUCGCCUUUCCCUCCAUGCAAAAGGCCGUCAGCAGAAGCUUCAGUUUCGUUGGGAUCUUUGUUGGAUGUUUCUAAUACUCCAGACUCUUGUGGAGAAACUCCCAAGUCUAACAUUAAAACAUCAAAAUGUUAUGCAGCUGUUCCUGCAAAGCCGUCUGCACGGUGGCAAGUUGCAAUGGAGCUAUACCAGACAGAAAGCAAUUAUGUAGAUAUUUUAACUACAAUAAUUCAGUUAUUUAAGGAUCCAUUAGAGAAGGAGGGUCAACUUGGAGGGCCUAUUCUUGCACAAGAAGAAAUAAAAACAAUUUUUGGCAGUAUUCCAGAUAUUUUGGAUGUGCACAGAAAAAUUAAGUCCGAUCUCGAAGAAAUUAUUCUGAACUGGUCCGAAAACCACAGUAUUGGUGGCAUAAUCCAAAAUUAUUCUAAGGACUUGUUGAAGACUUACCCACCAUUUGUAAACUUUUUUGAAAUGAGUAAGGAUACUAUUGGGAAAUGUGCAAAACUAAAACCAAGAUUUCAUGCUUUCUUGAAGAUUAAUCAAGCUAAACCUGAAUGUGGUCGUCAAACCUUAGCAGAGCUGCUUAUUCGUCCUGUGCAAAGGCUGCCAAGUGUUGUUUUGCUACUGAAUGACCUUUGGAAGCACACUACAGAUGAUAAUCCUGACAAAGUCAGUUUGGAAUAUGCUAUUGAGAUACUUAGGGAAGUCAUGACGCAUAUCAAUGAAGAUAAAAGAAAAACUGAAGGUCAAAGACAAAUUUUUGACAUUGUCUAUGAAGUUGAUGGUUGUCCUGCCAACUUGCUAUCAUCUCACCGCAACCUUGUCCAGCGAGUGGAAACAAUUGCACUGGAUGAUGAGUUGUGUGACCGAGGGGAACAAGUUACUUUAUUCCUAUUUAAUGACUGCCUUGAGAUAGCAAGAAAACGCCAUAAAGUAAUUAGUUCUUUCAAAAGUCCUCAUGGUCAGACACGACCUCAUGCAUCCCUCAAACACAUUGUGCUGAUGCCUCUUUCUCAGAUAAAAAAAGUAUUGGAUAUUAAGGAGACUGAAGAUUGCCGCAGUGCCUUUGCCCUGUUGGUACGACCUCCUACAGAACAAUCAAAUCUACUGUUCAGUUUCCAAUUAAUUAUGGAGGAGCCCAAGAAGGACAGUUGGUUGAAGUUGCUUUGUCGACAUGUGGCAAACACCAUUUGCAAGGCAGAUGCAGAGAAUAUUAUUUUUAACACAGACCCAGAAUUUUUAGAAGUGAACACAAAAGAUAUGGAUAGCACAUUAAGCAAAGCAUCAAGAGCAUUUAAAAAGACUUCAAAGAAGGUUACAAGAGCAUUCUCAUUUACUAAAACACCAAGGAGAGUUUUGCAGCGAGCUCUAAUGGCUCACAGUACACCAGAUACCAAGAGUUCAAAAGGGAAUAGAACUCAUUUGGGUAGUCGAUUAGCAAGCACCAGUACCACAUCAUUAACGAUUUCUCGUUCUUCAUCCACACUUGGUGUGAAUGACUCAGUGAUGUCAGCAAACAAUGUAACUGUUCAACGCUCAAACUCCCUGGAUAGUGCACGUGUUGGCCUCAGACCUCGAAAUAUUCUACAUCCACACUCACCAAGUCAACCCCAUAUUCAUCUUGUGGACAGCCAUGCAGUCACCUUCGUUGGUGAGUCUUCCAGCAAUGUUUGAAAAAAGGUACCAUACAUUCAGUCGGUCCACAACUCAUCUGAUAUAGAAAUUGAAUUUUGGUGGAUAAAUCAAGGAAGUAGAUUAAGCUGUUGCAAAAUCUUUGAAAUGACACAGUAUCAAACGGAACUUUAAGUAAAUGCGAAGAUUUCAUGGUGUUAUAGGAAGAUGGCCUAAUAAUUCUAUGGAUUUUUUUCUUGAACUUUAUUUACAGUGAAAUCUGGAUAUUUGUUUAUUUGACUGAACACUAUAAUUGAAGGAUUUGUUUUGAUUGCUGUUUUCCUAUUGCAGUUUGUACAUUUUUGUAUGUUAUUAUUUAUUACUUGGCUUUGGUUGCCUUUUUAACAAAAUGUAUAAGUGUUUUUAUACACUGAAUUAAACUGACAUGCUCCUGUUCAGAGAAGAACAGCUAUUUUAAUCCAACUUGCAGGGUAGUAAGCAGAAGAACUGGAUGGAAAACUGAUCAAUAUAAUUUCUGUUGGAAGGGAUGAAAAAUGAGCAUUGAACCUGAUCCCUUUAGUUUCCUAACUUGUAUUCUCUGUGAUUGCUGGGCAAUUAAUUGAAAUCCAAUUUUUCUCAGACACAGCAUUUUUAAAAAACUGAACCUCAAUGUUUUCAUCCUAGACAGCAGAUUAUUUUAAUGCUAUAAAACUUAAAGGAUUUUGUUUAUUGAACUGGAGUAUUUCACAUUUAAUGUGAAAGAGAAUUAACAACAUGUUCUUAUUUUGGCUAAUACUAAAACAGUAGUCUUCAGUAAUUUUAAAAGACAAUCAUUUGGGUUUCCUAAAGCUAAGCUAAACUGAGGUUAUGAUUUUUUUUUUGUAAUUGUUUAGCUAAUGGACAAUUCCAAGGCUAUAAUUGUACCUUUCCUAGAUGUCCUAUUUUUUUAAAAACUAAACUACAAUUCUUGUAAACAAUCAUAUUGCAUUGUUCAACCAUGACCUAUUAACAGUACUAUGGUGUUUUUGUAUCUGUGGAUGUACUCUGCCUUUAAUAUAUCAUUAAAUACAUAUCCAUAUGAAGUAUUGCUCACUGUGGGCAUUUUCCUUUGUACUGAUACUUUUUUUCCCUUGGGUCGGGGAGAGUAUCUGUCUUGUUUAUUCUGUGUCAACCUGGACUGUUUCUUAAGUAUGCUCUAUACUGCAAAAUAAUCAAAGCUGCUAAAUGAAGGAUAUAUUGAAUUUUUAUGUAGAUAACUUUUGGACUGUAUAGUUUCAUUUAAACAUAAUAGAUGCAAAUAAAAUUGUUUUUGGAAAAAACUUGUUAAAUCAUCAAUUAUUAAUAAGGUUGGUAAUCUUAAAUCAGAUUUAGCAUUCAAAUUAUGGAUAUGUAUAUUCUUUGCUUAAAGGACAUUGCAAGUCUUUUAUUAUCAAAUAUCUUUUGCAAUUUGAAGCUCCACUCUGGUCAGUAUUAUCAAUAUGAUUAUUAGUUGUAUCAGUGAUCUAAGCCCAAAUGCAUGUUUUUGGGGAGCGUAGAUUUUCUAGCAUCUUCUAGAUUUCUGUUUAGCUGUACAUGUUUAGAUGCCAGAAGUUGUUGAUUAUAUAGAGCCAGGGAAAUUGGUAUUGGCAUUUUAUUGGAACAAUAUUGAUUGUGUAAUGACAGUGUUAAUCCAUAAUAGAACAGGGAAACCUCCUUUAGAAAGAAGACUACGAAAUUGAAUUCCAUAAUUAUCAGGGAGAAAUUCAAUUAUAAGAGAAGGGAAAUUACAGGGUGGAUAAAUGCAAUUAGAAUUUAAGCAAUAUUAGUUUUGUAAUGUUAAUCAUAAGGAAAUAAAUCAUAGAGCAGAUAUAGCCCAUUCAAAGAACCAAAGUCAUAGCUGAUUUAUUUUCACUUUCAACUGCUUUUUCCUGCCUUCUCUCUGUAAUCUUUGACAACCUUACUAAUCAAGAACUUAGCAAGUUCUGCUUUAAAUAUACUCAUAUCACUUGACAACAAAGAUUUUGCUUCAUGAAUACGUUUGAGUGUAUUUUGGGCUGCUGAUCAUGAAAGUCAUCAUGAAAUUUCCCCAUCACAUUUUUUUGAAAUCGCCUAUAAUUCUUAUUUAAAAAUGUUGCCUACAAUGUGAGCUGAAAAGUUUUCUAUCUUGUCCAAGCAUGCUUGGUCAGAGUGGAUGUUGCAUGGCAGGACAGGUAUUAGAAAGGCUCUAAAAGCAUCACACAUUUCUAUGCAUUGUGUUUACUGGUAUCGGUAUAUGAUUGUUGAUUUGCAUGCUCGAUGCACGUAGUGUAUUAUUUGUACUCAUAAUAGAGUAAUUGUAUUUUCAUGAGUAUUUGUGAUAGCAAUAUUACUCACCAGUAUUGCAACAGCUGCAAUAUUUUGUUAUAUUUGUGGCAAGUAAAAACUUAAAU